AUGUCAAAAGAAUCAAAUGGUUAUGAUGAUUUAUUCGAAGAUGAUGCAGUUCAAGAAAAUCUUGAUGAUAUGUUGAAAGAUGAUAACAGCUCAGGUGGCGGUAGAUCAAGACAUCAAUCUGUUGGAAGUGAUGUUUUGAAACAAGACACUGCUGUUGCUACAGUAUUCACAGCAAAACAUUAUCGAAAAUUAACCGAACUUUUAACACAUACACAUCUUCCUGGUCUUUCAAGCGUUGAUCAAAUGCAUCUUCUUGCGAUUGCUGAUACUUUGAGUCAUUUCACAAGUGAUGUUAUUGAUAAAUUGACACAAGCAAAUGCAGCUAUGCAACCAGUUGUACAAUCAGUUUUGGGUGACGCAACUGCUGGUGGAUAUGCGACUGCUGCAGCUGGUGUUGAAACUGUUGAUGAAUGUGGAUUGCGAUAUUUGAUGGCUAUGAAACAACACGAAUAUUUGUUGGUUUGUUUGCCAUUCAAGCAACGUAUGGAAUUGAAAAAGUUGGGAUUAUCUUUCUCGCAUAUUAUUUGGGCUCAACAUUCUGAAACAGAAACCGAGUUACUGAAUGCUGUACCGGGAAUGCAGAAAUCAAAUCCAACAUGGGAAGAAUUGAGAAGUCUUGGAAUUGCUUGGUGGUUGAAGAAUACUGCAAGUCUGAAGAUUUGCGUUGAAAAACUUGCGAAAGCCGCAUUCCAACAAAAUCAAGAUCCAAUGGAUGCUUCACUUUUCUAUUUGGCACUUCGGAAAAAGAAUGUAUUGACACACUUAUUCAAGUCUGCUAGAAAUCAAAUGAUGUCUGAAUUCUUUAUGAACGAUUUCAAUUCGGAGCACUGGAAAAAGGUGGCUGCUAAAAAUGCAUUUGUGUUGAUGUCAAAGCAACGCUUCCAACACGCUGCCGCGUUCUUUUUGUUGAGUGGAAGUUUGAAAGAUGCUAUUCAAACGAUUCUUGCAAAAUGUAACGAUUUACAAUUGGCACUGGUGGUUUUGAGACUGUAUGAGACUGAUUAUGAAGCUCAACAAGCAAUUAUCAAAGAUAUUCUCUGCAGGUAUGAUUUUACUCUUUCAAAAGACUAUUUUCAAAAUAUUCAUUUUUUCCAGAGAAGUAUUAGGCAUGUCAUCUGACGAAUUUGAACAACAGCGGGGAAAAACUGAUGACGAUGCUACUUUGAGUGUUCACGCUUCAAAAGAGCCAUUCGAAAGAUCAAUGGCAUUCUGGAUGUUGAAAGAUUAUACAAGAGCAGCUCAUACUUUGGUCCAAGAAGCUCAUACAACUCGAUCCACAACAAGUCUUUCCGAUAUUUUCAACUUCUAUUCAUACCUACGAAAACAUCCAUUAGUUGUUCGACAAAGACUGACGGAUGCCGGUGCUCAAGUUGGAUCGACUGAAAAGUUUUUGGCUGUCGGAAAACAAUUGGAAAACAUUGUGACACCUCCCGAACGACGCUUAUUUUUCCGAACUGCUGCCGAACAUAUGGCAAGAGGUUGUCCAAUGUUAUCAUUGGAUGUUUUGAGUCGACUUCCAAAAAGAAUCAGUAUGGUUCAAGAUUAUGAUGAAGCACUUAAGAUCUUGCUUGGUGGAAAUGUAAGUGUUUUUUAUUCAAUUGAAUUUAUGUGAAUUUUAAUUUCUAAUUUUUUUCAGCAAUCAUCUGAACCGGUAGUUCUCGAAACUGUUGAAAAUGUUGAUUGGAGUGCACCAACAGAUGUUGUGGAAAAAGAUGAAUUGAGUUUGGAUUGGAGCGAUGAUGAAGAUGAGGAAACAAAGGAAGAAGAAAAACCAAAAGAAGUUGUUGAAAAUGUUGAGCAGCGGCAAAUCACUUUUGACACGAAUCUUGAAAUUGUAAGUUGAUUUUUAAAUUCUCAUACUGAUUCUGAAACUGGAUACUCGAGUCUGAUUCAAAAUCUUUCAAAAAAUGUGUUUCAGAACACCAAUGAUCCGAUGUGUAAACUCGUUGGAGCUAUCGAUAUUCUUGCACAACAUAUGAAAUUUGUUGCGUCACUUCGAAUUUUGACUGAAGAAUUAUCGACACUUGCAAGUGGCUUCGAAGUUGAUGGCGGACAAUUGAGAUAUCAAUUGUUUAAUUGGUUGGAGAAAGAAGUUGAAGUAUUGAAAGGCAAUUGUGAUUAUCGUGUAAAUAUCAAUCCCGAUGAAAAUGAGAAUUUUAAUGAAGAUGAUUCGAUUCUUGAAAUUUCUUGCGAUGAAAAGUGAGUUCAUUACUUUUUUUCUUGAGAAAAAUCAUAAUCAAUUUCAUUUUUUCAGCCAUCCAACAUUGCAUGAAGCUUUGAAGAAUGAUAGAAAUGAGAUGAUUGCUCGAAUGAAAUUAUGUUCAAGACGACGAAAAUGGCUGACCGCAAAUCAAAAACUUCUUCGCUCAUUCACAUCUUUCUGCGCGUUACAUUCAGCUCAGAAUCAUCGACUCACAUCAGCUCUUAUGGAACUUCUCUUAUUAUUGCUCGAUGUCCAAAAAGAUACUGGGUUCCAACAUAUCUCGGAGCCAAUUCCAGAUAUGAAUACUUUUCCGCUUCUCGAAGCUUCAGUUUCAUCAACAAAAAUGUUUGUUUCAUCACCAUUGGCUUUCAUUGAGAAUCAAUGUUCGGAUUUGUUGAAAACUGUUUGUGAAAUGCAAGAUGUGCCCGAUAUGACGAAUGGACUACAGAAAUGUUAUAUGUUGUAUAACUUGAGUCAAGGAUUGUCCUCGUGUUUAUAUCAAUCACUUUGCGAUGUUGAUCAGAUUUUCUCAAGUUCACAUCGAUUCGAUGGAAAACCGGGGUAAGCUGGAAUAAAAUACAGAUAAACUUUUAAAUGUCAUAUCCUUAUUCGGAAAAGAAACAGGAUUUUUUUCAGAAUUUUGACAAAACGUACCCGAACAACAUCAUAUUCAUCAUCUGAUUUGCGAGUCACAACAGCACCUGUAAAAUGGCCAGGCGUCGAAUCUCUUGUCGCUUUACUCACCAGAGAAAAAGACGACGAAGCUCCACAUUUACGAUUGUUGAUUGUUGAAAGUUUUGUAGCAAUCACAAUGUCAUUAUUCUGUUUUGCACUAUCCGCCUAUGAUUCGCGAUGGUUGUAUAGAUUGAGUGCUCAUGAAAUUGAUCCAGUCAAAUUUGGGCUUAUUUUUGGAGGCGGAGGCGAAAAACGUUUCAAGACAGUUCCACCAUCAAGACCACCAAGUAAGUUGAAAAUAUCUCACUAAAUUUUCAAAGGUAGACAAUCAAACUAUUACUCUAGGACCGCAAGUUCCACGUGUCAAGAAAACAUCCGAAUCUGAACCAGCUGAUGGAAACACAUUACGAUCUCGAUUGAAUCUUCGAGUAUUUGGACCUGAAUCAGUUCCAACACCUCCACAUGUUCAACACUCUCCAAUAAAUGAGCAAACAAUUACCAGAUGGGUUCCACCACACAAAAAUAUUGUUCAAAUGUUUGCCGAACGUCCAUAUGUGCCAGGAUCUGAAGAUAUGGGUAUCAAUUAUGAUUCUGAUGAAGAAGACCACGAAGAUGAAUAUGAUGACGAUGAUGACGACGAAGAUGUGUAAGUUUUAGCCGUGUGAAAACUUCUAGUCAAACAUCUUUAUUUUCUAGCUUAAAAUGCGAGAACGCAACACCAAAUUCUUUCGCUUGGCAACUUCUUCGCUUGGCGUUGAUUGAACAACAAUUGCAAAGAUUGAAACAAUUUUUGAUCUUGGCUGGAUAUGAUCCCAAUGGUAAUUUUCUUCUAGCUUUUUCUGUAUUAUUUUUACAGUAUUCAAUAUUAUUUUUUUCUAGAUAUUCCUGGAAUUGCGCCACGUGUCGAAGCGGUUCUUCGAUUAUUGGAUAGUUGGAUUCAGCAACAACAUCAGCUUUUGAAAAAUUAUCCCGGCGGAAUUCCGGCGGAUCUGCUUCCUGAUAUGCUUUUGGAUAUGUCAGAUCAACAUCUUGCCGCAUCAAUGAAAAAGUAUUCGGUUAUCGUCAAGAAAAAUAACACGCCAUUCGAAUCAGAUGAUCGAAAAAUUCAGCCGAUUCAAAGACUUUGGGCAUUUUUGGUCAGAGAAGAUCACUUGCAAAAUGUAUUCAUUCGAUAUAUUUUUGCAAGACAAUGUUUGAUGGAAAAUGGACCGGAAAGAAUUGAUAUGCUAGCUGGAAUUGAGCAUACAACACUUCCAGAAGCUUACAAGAUUAUUCAAAAAGAUAAUGAGCCAAUCGUUGCAUUUGCUUGUAAUCAAGAACAUUCUGGUGGUUUGAUUGUUGUUUCAAAUGGUCGUGAACUUCAAGAAAUGGAUAUGUCAGAUGUUUUCAAAGAUCAAAUGGAUUCAUCAUCUUGGAUGUGGAAUCGAGCUGAACUUGAUGUAUGUUUCAGUUUUAAUCUUCAAAUAAUAAUUAAAAUUGCAGAUGAACAAUAUUCAUACAAAACGCGACGCUAUUCGGGACAAUGAUGAUUAUCAAAUCUUCACUGAAACAUCGAAUAGUCAAAAUCCAAGAAACACCAAUGUGGUGAGUUUUGUUCAUAUUUUUGUGUGGCAUUCUUCUUCCAGCUAGAAUGUUUUUCAAGUUCAUUUCAUUUCAAACAUUUAGUUUCUGAAAGUAAUUAUUUUUAAAUUAUUAUUUCUUAGCUCACACCGUGGAUUAUUGAUCGUAGUCGACGGGGAUUACAAAAGGUUAAAGCAUGUUUCAGAAAAGUGUUGUAAUUGUAUAGUGAUUGUGGUUCUAUUCUAGUACUGUCGCUGAAAAUGUUUAUAUUAUUUUAUAUUUUUAGAUGGAAUUUUAGAAUUUACAUUAUUUUUUUCAGAUUUUGAAACGAAGCAUUGGUGGUGUUCGUCGAAUUGAUGCUCAUCCAACUGCUCCAUUUUGUAAGUUUUUGUUUCACUUUUAAAGACAGUUUUGGAAUUUGGUUUUUUUUCAGAUGUUACUGGAUCUUCUGAUGGAUCAAUUCGAGUUUGGAAAUGGGGUGGACGAGAUGUUAUUUAUACUGCUCGAGUUGCUGGACAACAUGCCAAGGUUUCCAAAAUUGCAUUUUCUUGUAAUGGAAAUAAAUUUGCGGCAGUUGAUGGUGAUGGAAUGUUAUGUCUUUGGCAAGCAAGUCAGGCGACAGAGCAGAAGAAACCAUUCUUUGUGAGUUGUUUUUAACAACGGGAAUUUGUAAGAAAAUUCAAACAUCAACUCCUAAAUUAUUCAGAGUCAACGAUGUCACAAUAAAUCAGCAGCCGAUGUUCGUUUCUUGGGUCAUUCAUCAUCAGUUCUCAUAACUGCUGGAUCAUCAUCUCUUGAUUACAAUCUUGGACUCUGGGAUACAUUAUUGCCACAAAAUCGUGCUCUUGUUCAUUCCUGGGUUGCUCAUACAGAAGGUUCAACUUGUGCAAUGUAUCUUCCAAAUCAACAAGUGAGUAUUAUAAUCCCGCUGUUCCAUUUUCAUUUAUUAAAGCAAAAAAAUGAGUGAGAAAAAAGUUUAUAAUUAUAAAUAUAUCUCAUUAAUCUAGGCCAAGUGCAUUUUUAAAUAGUAUUAGUUAUUAUUAUGUAAAUAAUUAUACUCAACUCGUUUUUUAGAAACAAGAGCAAUGAUGACGAUUAUGUAAAUCAUAGCUCGCCUUUAUUUAGAUGUUCGAUUCAGAACAAAGUUCACUGAUUGUUUUUUUUUUCAGACAAUUGUAUCCGGUGGUCGACAUGGUGAGAUUUGUCUUUGGGAUAUUCGACAAAGACAACUUCGAACAACUAUCAAAGCUUUUGAUUCCACACAUAUUGUGAAAACUUUGAUCAGUGAUGUUUCACAAGAUUUGAUUGUUGCUGGAUCAAGUGAAGGUGACAUUAAGAUAUGGUCAGCUGAUUCAAAUCCACAAUUGAUGUAUUCCCUUCCUGGAGAGCAUGCAACAAAAGGAGGAUUUUCAUUCAGACAAGGUAAGGAAAUAAUUCCGAUAACAAAAAGAUUUAGAAAAUUCAUCAAACGUUAUCAUAAAAAAAAUUUUCCUAUUUCAAAUUUUCAGUCGGUCAAGCAACCGUUCAAGGUGUCCAGCAAUUAUUCAUCGAUCAAAAUAUGCGUUUAUUCUCCUGCGGAGCCGACGCAUCACUCAAAUUCCGAACUUUGCCAUCUGUUUACAACAUGACCAACUUCAUUUAA